GAAAUCGGCUAUUUGAGUCAAAGUCGUCAAAGAUCGGACGUCUUAGGAACAGGCUGGGACCUUGCCUACGCCGGAAGAGCGACCCUCUCAGGAUGAUAUAUUCUAGCACUUGACAGACUUCCUUGCAGUUUCCGAAUAUUAUGGCUCUUCCUCACAAUGGCUAAGCAGCGCGAAGGACUACUGGGCCAGCAUCAAUGGAAACCCAAGAAUCCAGAUGCAAACACCCCCCAAAUAGUUCGUCUCGCGAGAUCCUGUAACAAUUAUGUUCGCCCUGCCUUCUUGACAAAGCCGAAAUCAAACGGCAAUGUGAGGCGCACUGCCUACUUGGAUGGCCUUCGUGGCUUUGCUGCUCUCCUUGUCUACUGGCUUCACCAUCAACUAUGGGCCCACGAGUGUCUCAACGGUGCAGCGAUCCUGCAAAAUGCUUUUGGCUACAAAGGCCAGCAUUAUCUAGCGUGUCUGCCAUUCAUCCGUCUCUUCUUCACUGGUGGCCACUUUGCUGUGGUUGUCUUCUUCGUCCUUUCAGGCUAUGUUCUAUCGACGAAGCCUCUGGCUCUAAUCCAGUCGGGCGACCUCCUCACCCUUGGCGACAACAUCUCCUCUGCGCUUUUCAGGCGAUGGAUGCGCCUAAACAUCCCAGUCAUAUGCACGACUUUUCUCUAUAUGGCAUCAUGGCACUUCUUCAAGUAUCGAGUCGAGAUGGAACCCAAGAACUCCUUCCGCGAUGAACUGUGGUGGUGGUAUUGCGAGCUCAAGAACUUCACCUUCGCCUGGCGCACAGGCGGCGAAAUGUGGCUUACAUACAAUUAUCACGCCUGGUCUAUCCCCGUCGAGUUCAAAGGCUCUCUCACAAUUUAUACGACCUUGAUGGCCAUGUCGCGCUUUAAACGCAACGCUCGCCUAGGCUGUGAGGUCGUUCUCAUCAUAUACUUUAUGUAUAUCGCAGAUGGCUGGUUCUGUGCGACAUUUGUUGGAGGAAUGUUCCUCUGCGAUCUCGAGCUGUUGGCGGCACACGGCGAUUUACCCAAAGCCGCCGGUCGCUUGAAGCCCUAUAAAACCAUCAUCUUUUAUACACUGUUUGCCAUAUCUCUCUAUCUGGGAGGCAUCCCCUCCAACACGGCAGAUGUUCAAGACUUGAGAGAUUCGCCAGGAUGGCACUAUCUGUCCUACUUGAAGCCUCAAGCAGUCUUUGACUACAAGUGGUUCUACUUGUUCUGGGCAGCAAUGUUUCUUGUCGCUUCAGCUGGGCAUAUUACAUGGCUUAAAUCUUUCUUUGAGCUGCCCUUCAACCAGUACCUUGGGCGAAUCUCCUUCGCAUUCUACUUGGUGCAUGGGCCAGUACUAUGGAUUCUUGGGGACAGAAUAUACUGUGCUGUGGGAUGGUCUCGAGAGGGCCAUGCUGUGAGCAUGCCCAGCUGGAUCAACCUGUUUCCCAUCACAAAAGCAGGCCCACUAGGAUUGGAGGUCAGCUUUCUCCUUCCUCACUUGAUAAUUCUACCUGUCACGCUCUGGACGGCUGAGGUGGCCACCACCUUGUUCGACGAACCCAGCGUCAAACUAUCGCAGUGGCUGUAUGGAAAGAUGCUGUCUGCGCCAAAUAAAGCAUGACGAAUAACGGAGAAAUGGAAAUUAGAUGAUACUAACAAACAUUAAUGCCGGUCCCAUCACGGGCUAGCAGUAUAGACGAAAUCACAACUGAGCCACGUAGGUUGUAGGCAGCCUAAGGGCAUAAUGAAUAGCUAGAAUUUAAACCUA